GUUUAAGUACAUUCUUAGAACGUGCAUUACACGUGAUUUUGUUUACUGGGAGUAAACCCCCAUCCUGAAGGACCGAGGACCAGGUCAGUUUUUGUUUCACGGUGGGUAUUUUAUUUUCCCACUACCCUCUUCUGUUAGAUUGCAGACCCAGCGAGCUUCCCCUAAUUCUCAUAGGGACGAACACGAUGGAGGUAUUGUAACUGACACAUCUCCACACUUCGAGAUUCCAUUGGAAAAAUCUGUAUUUUAUUUACCUAAUUAUAUAUUGCUGAUUUAAAUAUUCAUUUUAAUAGGGAUUGUGACCAAUCUAAGGUCAUACGUCGCUGGAAGGCGUGAUAUUAUGAGGCAUUGGGUUUUUUUUUUCUAAAGUUGAGCUUUGCCUAACUCGUUUAUGAAAUAAAGCUUUGAUAAUGUUGGGAGCUACAUUCCGAAAGGAUCUUUGAAGACUCUUGGGCAACGAUACAGCCAAGGAUCCAGCCCAUCCACAGAAAUAGCAGUAGAGCCAAAAUGACCAAAAACCGACUCAAUCCUGUGACUGUAGAAGGACGAUGAAGUACCUAACAUGCUACAUAUUGAUGGUGAUUGGAAUGAUGGCAAAAUGACUAAGGAACAAAGCCUUUUUUAAUAAAUGAAAAUAGAUGCUGCAAUUCAUUCACAGUUGUUUUUAAGCGUUUCAUUCCAGCUGGAUUCAAAUUUAAAAAAAAAAAUCAAACUAUGAACGAGUAUUAGUCUUCAAGGAUUCCUGAAAAAAUUUAUUAGCCAAGUAACCUUAUUUAUUAGGUAGUUAUUAUUUUUGUCUAAAAAAAUUCUCAUAGGAAUUUUAUAUUGAUAAACGGUUAACCAAAUGCAAGUGCAAGGAAAUGAAACUUAUUCGUUAUCUUGCGUUGCUGCAUUAUCUCACAAAAUGUGGUAGAUUCAAAAACCAUAAAAAUGAUCACACAUUGUGAAAAGUUCUCAGUUGCUCUAUAUUAUAGCUACAACCAAUAUCAAGUUAAAUAUCUAAAUAAAAUGUUCAAAUUUUUUUUCUUGUUAUUGCCCUUUGCAGCAGGCAGCUUCAUGGACACGGAAACUCCAAUACCAUUAUUACUAGGAUCACCAGGCGACGAUCGACCAACUACUAUACCAGACGAUAUAGAUAUAAUUUCUAGAACCUCGCGUUUCUAUUUUCUUGGACCACAAAAAGUCAAUUAGUUCGAAGCUCACUAUUUAUGUCAGCAAUAUGGGAUGGAACUGGCCACUGUCGAAUCAGCAAAGGAAGAAGCUGAAAUAGAGGAACUUUUAAAACCAGAAGAACCUGAUAAUGGUUUCUGGAUAUCAGCUACAAGAUUGGGCAGCUGUAACCUAUUUGUUUUUUUUAAAACUGGAAAGCCAGUGACUUAUCACCAAUUUGCGUCGGGUCAGCCAGAUAACGCUGGAGGAAAAGAAGAAUGCGUGGAAAUUUUCAAGUAUAACGACAUGGAAAUGUAUUGGAACGAUCUUCCUUGUGACUCUGCUAGAUCCAAAAAGAAAUUUAUUUGUCAGUCGUGAUCAUACUUACCUAGGUACCUACUCUAAAAUUUUUGGUAUACAUAUUGUUAAGACAGGCGACAAAUUACUUCUGAUCUCCCUUUAA